GUAGGGGGAAGGGCAGAGGGAUGAGUGACGGGCCGUUGAGUGUAGGGGCAGGGCGGAGGAAUGAGUGACGGGCCGUUGAGCGGAGGGGAAGGGCGGAGGAAUGAGUGGACGGGCCGUUGAGUGUGGGGCUGAGUAGAAAUGAUUGAGACUGUGAUGGUGUUUGGAGUAACGACGAUAUUCGACGAGCAAUUGGCUAAUCUGAAAGGACGAAUGGCAGUUUUCGACAACAACGGGAUUACAAUCUGUGUGAUUCCUCCCACAGAUUAACAUCCAAACCCAACAAUUUUGUACCAAUCAGGGCCGAAACCGGAUUACCUGGGAAACCUGGCCCCACCUCUUAGCACCAAUCACCCGAGAAGAGUUGACAAUUUGUCAAAUGCAUUGGGUCACCUGAUUUCCUGAAAAUAGUGCUCCCGUGUGUCAUGACGAAAAGGAUGAAGACGGAGUACAUGAAGAAAUUUAAAGGACCAAAAUGGGACAACUGCGGCAGCUGCUAUUCCGAUCUGGUGCAGUAUCGUAACAUGCGGAGGAUAUUGGAGCAAGCGCACAUUCCUUUUGUUUGGACCGGCUGGGACACCAGUUCCAACUCCAGCAGUGACGCGUCCACCCCAAGGGUACAAGAACAACCUUGGGGUACAAACUGUCCCACAGACAGCUUGCUGCCUGCGCCCCAAGAACCCGGGGAGCCUCCGCCUGCCGAGCGUUCGCGGACCGAGCCUCCGCCUGCCGAGCGAUCGCGGACCGAGCCGCCACCUGCCGAGCGAUCGCGGACCGAGCCUCCGCCUGCCGAGCGUUCCCGUACCUUAGAAUGCCAUCCUUUGGAAAAGGUAAUGACUGCUGAGGGGAAUCAAAAGGAUAAAAGUGACCAACAGUCAAAGGGUGAAGUGUGUAAUUAUCGUCGUGUGAAAAGUGGAAGUCUGGAAAAAUCGCACAAAACUUCUCAAGUGGCACCAGCAACUGUGAGGACUAAAGAAAUGAAGCCCCCAUUUGCAAUGUAUGGUUGGGCUGGAAAGGAAGUGGAAGUAGGCUGUAAAAAGACAUACAAUGUUGCUGCUUCUGCUUUGAGAGGACAAAUUUAUGAAUCUGCAGUCCGGGCACACGAUAGACGUCAAGUGCAGAGGGCGAUGCGCGUGUCUCGGACACGGCACCGGGGCACAGAACCGCACAGUAACCGUGCAGCUGACCACUGGUGUAAGACUUUACCAAGUCACAAGCCAACUUCUCAGCACUCAUGUAUUCAAGCUUUGAAACCUACUGGAUUGGACAAUCCCUGGCUCUCUGAAUACAUGAGAUGUUUUUCAACCAGGUCCUUCUAAGUCUCAGCAGCCUCCUGGGGAAAUUGAGCUUAUUUAUUAGGGCCCGUGGUGACCUUUAUCACUGUAUCAGCACAGGAUCUAAUUCGUCUGUAUCACUGAAGUCAAUUAAUGUGUAAAAACUCAAUGAACAGAGUAUAUUCGUGAUACUUAGUUUCAGGUUCAUCCUUAGUGACAUUGUUGGUUUUCUGCCUUCAGCUGGCACAUUGACAAAAGGAUUUGAUGUUUAUUUUUGGAAAAGCAUUCUUUGUGGUGUAUGAAAAUAGAAUCCACUACUGUUGUAACCUUUUCAAACAUCAAGACCUAUAAUUGGAGUUGAAUUUCAGAAAACCCAACAGUACUUUGCACAGUUUUGUCUUUAUUUGAUAUCUUUUUUUAUCAGAGUUAGCACUAUCAAAUCACACUGCACCUGUGAGUGUUUAAAUUACCCUUCUUCUCUAAUGACGUUCACUUUUAUAAUGUUUGUACCAGUACUUUUUUGGGUGCUUGUCUUUUGUAAUAUUUGUAGAUUAUCCAGUCAUUGCCAAAUCAGUUUGUGGAAUUGCCUUGUGCACACAAUAGUAACCAGAUUUCCAACAGUGACUGCACUUUGAAAAUAUCAAGUAUUUAUGGGUGACUUCAAGUUCCAGAUGGCCACAAGUUCUCAAAGGCACAAUUUAAAUAAGAAAACUGUGCCUAAAAUGGCCCCGUAAGUUUAAACUUUUUGUCAAUGUAUGUUGAGUGCAAUAGAAAAAUGAACGUUUUCCCUGUGUCAGCUUGUAUUUUUAACGUUAGGUUAUUAGUCAUGUACAGAGUAAGUUGCAGGCAAAUCAGAUGGGUAAUUGCUUGGAAGUUUUGAGUGUGAUGUGGAAGUGGUCUUUAGGGGGUGAGGGAAGAGAGCAAAGGUGGCAUUUGGCUUUCAGUUCACCUAUUAAGCUCAACACGGUCCUCAGCAAGAAGGUUGAUAAUAUUUAGGUUGCACCUGAGUCCUUAACUUAAAGAAGUCAUCAGAAAAGGAGGCUGCUAAUGCUAUGGGAAAAAAGAAGUCUCGUCGGUAACAAAGAUUCUGGGUCAAGGAAAUAAAUGCACAGACAAAGGAGGCAGAGCAGCUUAACAACAGUGCGCUUGAAAUUGUCAGUUCCAGAGUUUGAAGCAUUUGGGUGAAUGUUAGAGAUUGUGAUCAAGAAUUAGAUCGUUGGAAGGUGGGAGGGGAGAAGUUGUUUUUCAUGGUUAACAAGAAUGGAAGCUGUGAGUUCUGAUAUCUUAAAGGAAGACCUAGUUAUGUUAAAGUACCAAUUGCAAUAAAGGUUAAAAUGAAACUGUAAAUCAGGGUACCUGCUGCAAUAAAAGUUUAAAUUCAAGCAAUAGAUUGUUAGGAGAUAGCAAGUAUAAUGGUUCAGGAAAAGCAAAAUAUAUUGCUGAUACUUUUUUUGGUAUCAGGGAAUGUGAAAUUACAAGUAAAGGUAACUAAUCAUUGAGAUUACCAAGUAUUGAAGAGUAACUGAGAACUUUAAAGUCCAUAUGGUAUAUUUUAGAAUUUCCUGGAAAGGGUACAAUUAAAUGGAUUGAACAUUUUU